GCUGUUCCCAUGGCGUGUGGGGAAUGCAACGUUUCAGCACCCACUCAGGAUCCAGCACACAGGGACGUCAUCCUCUUCCAGCACAGAGGACUGAAGUGCAGAUAGCAGAACCCAGCUGCAGGACUGCUAAUGAGAGGUGCCAGUUCUGAUGGCUUGUGACAGAGCCCAUCUGUCAGGGAAGAAGACAACAAACUUAACUUCACAGCCUCAGCUGUAACAAAUUGCUCACCAGGUGAGCCAUGAUUCCAGUCACUGAACUGCGCUACUUUGCUGACACUCAGCCAGCAUACCGCAUCCUGAAGCCAUGGUGGGAUGUCUUCACGGACUACAUUUCCAUAGUGAUGCUCAUGAUUGCUGUGUUUGGAGGGACGCUUCAGGUCACCCAGGAUAAAAUGAUUUGUUUGCCCUGUAAAUGGAUAACCAAAGACGCUUGCAAUGACUCGAUCAGAGGUUGGACAGCUGUAACCCCAGAGCGUACUUACUAUAACUCUAGUCUUGUUCCCUCUACUGAUGCAGGGCCUACAGGGAUCCGAUACGAUUUGGACCGGCACCAGUAUAACUAUGUGGAUGCUGUGUGUUAUGAGAACCGCCUUCACUGGUUUGCCAAGUAUUUUCCUUAUCUAGUGCUGCUACAUACUCUCAUUUUCCUGGCUUGUAGCAACUUCUGGUUCAAAUUCCCAAGGACCAGCUCCAAGCUGGAGCAUUUUGUGUCUAUUCUGCUGAAGUGUUUUGACUCUCCAUGGACAACGAGGGCACUAUCUGAGACAGUGGUGGAAGAGAGCGAUACCAAACCAGCCUUUGGGAAAAUGAAUGGCUCCAUGGACAAGAAAUCCUCCACGGUCAGUGAGGAUGUGGAAGCCACUGUUCCCAUGUUGCAAAGAACAAAGUCUCGAAUCGAGCAAGGCAUUGUGGACAGAUCUGAGACAGGUGUCUUGGACAAGAAGGAAGGGGAACAGGCCAAAGCAUUGUUUGAGAAAGUGAAGAAGUUCCGCACGCAUGUGGAAGAAGGAGACAUAGUAUACCGCCUCUACAUGAGACAAACUAUCAUCAAAGUGAUCAAAUUCAUUCUGAUCAUCUGCUAUACUGUCUACUAUGUCAACAACAUAACAUUUGAUGUUGACUGUAAAGUGGACAUUGAGAGCUUGACUGGCUACCGGAUGUACCGCUGUGCUCAUCCUCUGGCCACUCUCUUCAAAAUCUUGGCAUCUUUCUACAUAAGCUUAGUGAUAGUCUAUGGCUUGAUCUGCAUGUAUACGCUCUGGUGGAUGCUGAGGCGAUCGCUUAAGAAAUAUUCCUUUGAGUCCAUCCGGGAGGAGAGCAGCUACAGUGAUAUUCCUGAUGUGAAAAAUGACUUUGCUUUUAUGCUGCACCUGAUUGACCAGUAUGACCCCCUGUACUCCAAGCGCUUUGCUGUCUUUCUGUCAGAGGUGAGUGAGAACAAACUGCGGCAGCUGAACCUUAACAAUGAGUGGACUUUGGAGAAGCUGCGCCAGAGGAUCACCAAGAACUCCCAGGAUAAGCUGGAGUUGCAUCUCUUCAUGUUGAGCGGCAUACCCGACACAGUCUUUGACCUCAUUGAGCUGGAGGUCUUGAAACUGGAGCUUAUCCCUGAUGUCACUAUUCCCCCGAGCAUUGCCCAGCUCACCAGCCUUAAGGAGCUGUGGCUCUACCAUACAGCUGCCAAAAUUGAGGCUCCAGCUCUUGCCUUCUUGAGGGAGAAUUUGAAAUCUCUCCACAUCAAGUUCACAGACAUCAAGGAGAUUCCUCUUUGGAUUUAUAGCCUGAAGACACUAGAGGAGCUUCAUCUGACAGGGAAUCUGAGUGCUGAAAACAACCGGUACAUUGUGAUAGAUGGCUUGAGGGAGCUGAAGAGGCUGAAGGUGUUGAGGCUCAAGAGUAACCUCACUAAGCUGCCACAGGUGGUGACAGACGUUGGUGUGCAUCUUCAGAAGUUAUCCAUCAACAACGAAGGCACCAAGCUCAUUGUCCUGAACAGCCUUAAGAAAAUGGUCAACCUGACAGAGCUGGAGUUGAUCCGUUGUGACUUGGAACGCAUUCCUCAUUCCAUCUUCAGCCUCCACAACCUCCAGGAGAUAGACCUGAAGGACAAUAACCUCAAGACCAUUGAAGAAAUCAUCAGCUUCCAGCAUUUGCAUCGUCUCACUUGCCUUAAAUUGUGGUACAACCACAUUGCCUACAUCCCCAUGCAAAUAGGCAACCUCACCAAUUUAGAGCGCCUUUACCUGAAUCGUAACAAGAUAGAGAAGAUCCCCACCCAGCUUUUCUAUUGCCGGAAACUUCGGUAUUUAGAUCUUAGCCACAACAACUUGACUUCCAUACCGGCUGACAUUGGACUUCUUCAAAAUCUGCAGAACUUAGCUGUGACAGCCAACAGGAUUGAGAGUCUCCCACCAGAGCUCUUCCAGUGCAAGAAGCUGAGGACCUUGAACCUAGGGAACAAUGUGCUGCAGUCACUCCCAUCCCGGGUUGGGGAGCUGACAAAUCUAUCGCAGAUAGAGCUGCGGGGAAACCGCUUGGAGUGCCUGCCAGUGGAGCUGGGAGAAUGUCCUCUGCUGAAGCGCAGUGGGCUUGUUGUGGAGGAGGACCUAUUCAACACUUUACCUUUGGAGGUCAAGGAGCGGCUGUGGAGGGCAGACAAGGAACAAGCCUGAGCCCCUGAAAGGAGGGGAGAAACCUCUGACCAACUAGAAGGAAACAAAAGGCCAUUCCAGUCCCCUUUUCCCAACGUCUUCCCCUUCCCCCUCCCUCCAGCAACUACCAGACUAGCCAAGGAGUCCCUGAACAAACAUGGCUCUGAAGGAGGCUGAUUCUUGCCUGAGAUGCAGGAUGGGGGAAGCUUGGGAUCAGGAAGAGCAUCAAGACAGAUUGGGUGGCUCCUGAGCAAGGGCCAGUAGGAAUAAGAGGUGCUGCUGUUCUUCUGGACAGGUAGUAGGGUGAGGUAGAUGGUGCUGGUAAAGGGAAAUGGCCUCUAACUAGAGGCAAAAAUAUGUUUGAUUGCUGCAUCACCCCAAGUGGGGCUCAUAAUAGUCAGAGACUGAGUGUUCAGUGUCCUGCAAGUAAAGACCAAGAGUUCAGGAAACCUCUUGAACCUCAAUCUUGGUGACACCUAAUACUGUUCCUCCUAAGUCAGCAGUUCAGUCAGUGAGGCCCCACAGUGGGGUGAGAUGGGAUACAGACAGCUGAUUUUUAUCUAGAUGCUGGCAUUGGGAUUUUGGGUGGGGUAAAUUUAUGUCAAACGUCAGCUUGGAUGCAGGAUCCCUUUUUGUUACUAAUUGUCUUUUCCCCCUUGUAUUCCACACCUUCCCCUCUGCCCCUAGGCAAAGAACCAAAACCCCCUGAUGUCCACUGCUCAUUUGAGAUUGCACUAUUUUAACAGCUUCAGGUCAGUUGUACUGACAAGUAGAUCACGUAGCAUAUUUCUCCAAACAUUUGUGCUGGAGGCACUGACUGAGAUAUUUCCAGAGCUUUAUCCAGAACAGGCUUGUAUAUGUUCUGUUUUUUGUGAAAUGGGUGGUUGUAGUUCAAAUGGAAGAUAAGAUCUGGAUUAAAAGCAGUAAGGCUGUCUAAUUUACUCUGCCAGAAGCAUCAAGUUGCUUCAAGAUCUUGGCUUUUAAAGUUUUUAAAACUACUUUUAAGUUCUUGGUAUUUUGUCAUGUAUCAAAUAUAAGGAUGUGACUAGGCCAGUGCAUCUCCUGGGGUUGGUGUUUAUAGUAAAGAAGAAUGCUCAGGUGUCCUCUGCACCGCCUCCUCCCCCUUUAAGUUGUUAGAUGCUUUGCCAGUAUCUUUCAUGAAAGCAAUCUACAGAGCUGCUUGAUCUUUUCUGUUGUCUUUUUCACUUGAAUGGCUGUCAGUUCCUGUUACACCUCUUCUCCUAAAUAAGAGGCUAAUGCUGAUUGAACUUGGUGCUGGAAAGGAAACCUGUCUUCCUAUUUCCUCCCCUCUUCACCCAGUGCUAAGGAGCAAUAGGAGAAUCCUUUAUGGACUGAGCUCCUCUAGAUUCCUGGGACAGAGCAGUUUGAAACAAGUCUGACUUGUUUGAUAUAGUCUGACCAAAACCUCUUCUGCAUUGACAGAGGUAGAUAACUGUCUAAUAGCUACUGAUAAUCAUGUCCUCAAGGUGGGGUGGUUAAAGGAUGCCAACAGAACACCCUAAAUCUGCCUUUUUUUCCCUCCAAAGGAAGAGGGGGCUCAUGGACCUGCAGGUCCAGGUUGCAAUACUCCUCAUUAAGCCAACAGGUUGGCUCUGAGGUGGGAGUGCUGCAAGCUGAGGCAUGAAGUGUUUGGAGGCCUCCCAUGAGUUAUAAAGGGGAAGGUGGCAGCCAUCCCCAGGCUGGUUCCCUGCAAGCUGCCAGUUGGAGUCCUGGCUUACCAAAUCUUGGGUAUCCUUGGAUGUUUGGGCAAUAGGACACACUAUGGCUUGCUUCAUCAGAUGUAAUAUAUGAAAUUUACACACUAAACAUGCUGAAACCAUGGACAAUGUUAACUGGGCUCUGGAUUUGUUAAUGUUCAGAUGCUUAAAUAAAGCUACAUUAAAGUCUAGGAAAUCUGUUUAUAAAGCUGCUUUUAAGCGAUGUAAAUUCUGCCUUCCUUAGUCCAUUCAUCAUAAAGUUUAAACAGUCCAACAGAAUAAUAAAUUUAUUUAUCUAGCAGGCAAGGUACUGUAAAAACCCUUGUGCCUGCUCCUAACAGGGUUAGUGCAUUGAGAUUUUUAUUAGAGUUGGGGCCACUGGUAAAAGGAUGAGGAAAAAAGGUAUUCAAAAAUGUAUUGUAUCAGAGCAAUCACUGGGGUUUGGAAGUGUUGAUGCUGAUGCUGCUUGAGUUGGACACAUUCCAUUUGUACUAGUAUUUUGGAUCAACACAAGACAGAAAUGGCUAGGUGGACUUAAUGCUGCUUAAGUAAAGAAGGCUUCAGGCUUAGGUACAGUAAGACUGCUUUCCAUCCAGUUCCUCAUGGUGGGCCUAGGGGUGGUUUGGAUGGUGAAAGAAAUGCCUUUUCCUUAAUCUGUGCCAGAUGAAAGUGCUGGAGAGUGGUGACAACUGAGUAGAGGCUUGAACUCUGAUAAUAAUUAUACUGUGUUCAAGGCCAUUGGGUAAUCUGGUUAUAAUGCAACAUGUAUUUUAAUGUAGGCAGGGCUGAAAGGGGCAGCACACCUCGAGGAAUUUUAACCUAGCUUACAGGAGCAGGGGUUUCUCCUGUAGGCCUAGAUCACUGUAGAUGAGUGCUCUGGCUCUUGCUUCUAGAUGUGUUCUUAAUCAUACAACUAACUUUAUGCAGCUAGCUUAGAGGUUUCUAUAAGCAGCUCCUGAAAGUAUGCCCUAGUGCUUCUAGAAGCUUAAAAGUC